CCGGACCUCAUGGCCGAGUACGUCGCGCUCGUCGAGCUCGGCUUCAAGCUCGGCGCAGAGUACGUCGAUGUCGAGCUCGCCCUGCCCGACAACGUCAUCGAGCGCCUGUUGGCCCUGCGCGGCGCGGCGACCCAGGUCCUCGGCGCCGAUCACGACCGGCGCGGCGAGUGGCAGUGGAUGAGCGACGCCGUGCUCGCCAAGUACAAGCGCGCGGCGAGGCUCGGGUGCGACGUCAUCAAGCUCGUGUCGACCCCGACCUCGUUCGAGUCGAACCUCGAGCUCCUCAAGUUU